UAGCUUUAAAUAAUGUCUAUAAAAUGAGAUUUAUAUUAAGUCUGUACACACAACCACUCAUAGCCACACCCCUUUUCAUCCAUUUUUAAAGCUCCACCCACUCUCUUUAUGUUAUAUUACACAUGAAGAACAAAAACCUGAUAAGUGUCACCCGCUGUCUCUGGAAAUAUGGCCGCAGCAAACAUCUCAGUAGAUCAGGAUCAGUUUAGCUGUUCGAUCUGUCUGGAAAUCCUGAAGGAUCCGGUGACAAUCCACUGCGGUCACAGUUACUGUAAGGUGUGUAUUAAUGGUCACUGGGAUCAGGAGGAUGUGAAGAUGGUCUACAGCUGUCCUCAGUGCAGAGACACUUUCACUCCAAGGCCUGUUCUACGAAGAAACAACAUGCUGGCUGAAGUGGUGGAGAAACUGAAGAAGACUGAAGUCUCGUCUUGUUUUUGUGCACAUGAUACAGAAUCUGGUACAGAAUCAGACAGAAGUAAAAAACAGAAUGAGUUAAAGGAGGAUCAGAUGAAAUUCCAGCAGAGAAUCCAGGAGAAGCAGAAGAAGGUGCAGGAGCUGAAA